AAGGUUAUGUGUUAAUGUGGAUUAAACAAAUGGAAUCAUUUUAAGGAUGUUUCAGUAUUCUUAAGGCAGAUUGAAUGGAAUAUAGGAGGAUCUAAUGUUUGAAGCCAUUUGUCGCUGUCCAUUGUUCGAUGAAUUAUGGCAGUGUGAAACUAUGAAACACUUUCAGGGCGAUGCAUGUUUGUUGUUCGUCUUUGAGGUUUUCAAGCUGUGUUUGAUGCCUAAAUUGACAACAUUCGAGAGUUACACAGUUAUGUUACCAUGCAGCUGGACUUUGACCCUUGUGCUAUGAGAAGUCUAAAGUUAAUGAUAAACAAUUUACAAUAGUUCAGACUGUUAAAAAGGCAAUCACAGUCACUGCAUUAAGUCCCAUCAGGACAAAAGCUCCAAAGUAUUUAGUGGCCUUUGAUGUUUGCCUUUACUUUUAAGAGGAUCGUAAAUCUCACCAAAGCCCUUUUUGUCUGCAACUCAAUGUAAAUGAUUUAUUUUUAUAUUCAUAAUCAGUCAACAGAUUUGACAUCACAGGGCAUGGCCUCCCCCAGCGUUCUCCUGUCAGAGGGGCAGUUUAAGUGUUGCAUCUGUCUGGAAGUAUUCUUUGAGCCCGUCUCCAUCCCAUGCGGCCACAGCUUCUGCUUCACCUGUAUCACGUCACACUGGGACCACAGCCAUGCCGUCAGCUGUCCUAAAUGCCAGACCUCCUUUGAGAGCCGCCCAGAGCUUUGUGAAAACUCCUUCGCCAAGGAAAUGUCUCAGCAGAUCCGAGCAAGAAGGCACAAUGACGGGAUGCCAGUGGCUAGAAAAUGUGUAUUUUGUGAUGUGUGCGUGGGGAAGCAAAGGGAGGCCCUGAAGUCCUGCCUCGUGUGUCUUACCUCAUAUUGUGAGAGUCAUCUGGAGCCCCAUCUAAGAGUUGCCACCUUAAAGAUACACAAGCUGAUAGAACCUGUAGCUAUGCUGGAGAACCGGAUGUGUAAAAGGCACCAAAGGCUUCUGGAGUUGUUCUGCAGAAGCGACCAGAGGUGUGUGUGCGUGCUGUGCACCGAGACCGACCACCGCUGUCAUGACACCGUCCCAGUGGAGCGAGAAAGUAAGGAGAAGAAGGCUCAGAUGAGAAGGAUGGAGGCUGAUGUUUGGCAGAUGAUUCAGGAGAGAAGGCUGAAAGUGGAGGAGAUCAAACUCGCGGUGGAGCUCAGCAAAGAAAGCUCAAAGAGGGACAUAGUUGAAAGCACGGAGGUCCUCUCCGCUCUGUUUCGUUCCUUGGAGAGACGUCAGGCCGAGUUGGUGGAGAUGAUCCGGAGGAAGCAGGAAGCAGCAGAGCAGAGGGCAGAGAGGCUCAUAACACACCUGGAGCUGGAAAUGAUUGAGUUAGAGAGGAAGAGGAGUGAGAUGGAGCAGCUUUCUCACACUGAGGACCACCUCAAUCUUCUGCAGAGGUUUCCAGCGCUGAGCUGUCCUUUGUCUUACAAAGCCUGCACGGACAUCAUCCUCCAUACAGACACAUGUUUGGGGAUUAUAAGAAAAGAGGUGGCCACCAUUGAACAGCAGCUUCAAUCAGCUUUGAAAAAGCUUUCCAAUCAAGAGCACGAGAGAAUCCAGCAGUAUGCAGUUGAUGUUCAUCUGGACCCAAAGACAGCCAACCCUUGGCUAGUUCUCUCACAGGAUGGGAAACAGGUCUGGGAUGGAGAUGUCGAACAGAACUUGGCAGACAUCCCAGAGCGCUUUGACACGGCACCAUGUGUCCUCGCCACAAGGGGUUUCACCACCGGGAGGCACUACUGGGAGGUAGAGGUGAGAAAUAAAACAGCGUGGGACCUGGGAGUGGCUGGAGAGUCAAUCAACAGGAAGGGUUUUGUCACACUGAGUCCAGAAGACGGUUAUUGGGCUAUUUGCUUGAGGAAGGGCAGUGAGUACCGGGCAUGUGCAGGACAGGCAGCGCUCUUGAGUCUCUCUCAGAAGCCCCAGGUUGUUGGGGUGUUUUUGGAUUACGAGGACGGCACGGUGUCCUUCUAUGAUGCAGAGGCCAAGACACACAUUUAUUCCUUUACACAGUUUCAGUUCACUGAGGCCAUGUUUCCCUUUUUUAACCCAGAUAUGUGUGACAGCGGCAGCAACGCAUCACCACUCAUCAUCCACCCGCUCAGUCGAAUCAAUGGCAGGGAUUUGGAUGACAUUACAAUAUGAUGUCAAAUGUGUAGUCAGUCUGUUGAUAUGUUUGUUCUGAUCACAACAAUAACUUUCACAAUACUGUUUCUGCGCCCCC